UUCAUCUCAUUAUCUAUUGAGUGAAAUAUUUCUGUGAAAUUGAAUCCAACACAAGAAUCCGCGGGUGCUUGUGUCUUGGAUUAUCCAAAAGGUUUGCGAGUUGUGAUUGAUUUGGGUUGAAAUUGUAGGGAUUUUAUUGAAUCAGAGAUUGUGAUUCGGAGUUUUAGCGGGGUGUGUGAGCUAGGGUUUUUGAGUGGACAGAUCUGAGUACAAUUCUGCAAUUCGAUCGGAACUCAACAUGUUCUGGCGCAUGGCUGGUCUCUCCACUGCAUCCCCAGUGGAGACCAUAUUGGAUAAAGAUGAUUUUACGCUGGAGGAGCUAUUGGAUGAGGAUGAAAUCAUCCAGGAAUGCAAAGCUCUCAAUGGCCGCCUCAUUAAUUUUUUGCGGGAAAGAGCUAAUGUAAAACAACUAGUUCAAUACAUAGUGGAAGAGCCUCCAGUAGGAGCUGAAAAAGAACGAACUUUCAAGUUACCUUUCGUUGCUUGUGAGAUUUUCACUUGUGAGGUUGAUAUAAUUCUCAAAGCCUUGAUAGAGGAUGAGGAGUUAAUGGACAUGCUGUUUUCUUUCCUGGAACCCGAGCGUCCCCAUAGCACUUUGUUGGCUGGUUAUUUCAGCAAGGUUGUUGUGUGCCUCUUGCUGCGGAAGACAACUCCUUUAACAAAUUACAUACGAGAUCAUCAGGAUAUCAUUAAAAGGCUAGUUGAUCUAAUUGGAAUUACAUCUAUAAUGGAGGUUUUAAUUCGUCUAAUUGGCGCUGAUGAACAUAUUUAUACCAACUGCGCGGACUCUAUGCAGUGGUUGGAAGAUAUGAAUGUGCUGGAAAUGAUUGUUGACAAAUAUAGUUCAUCUGACUGCCCUGAAGUACAUGCUAAUGCUGCAGAAACACUUUGUGCAAUCAGUCGAUAUGCUCCGUCCGGACUAGCUUCAAAAAUCUCCAGCCCAAGUUUCAUCGAAAGACUGUUCCGACACGCUCUGGAGGACUCGCGGCCGAAAUCUGUUUUGGUUAACUUGCUGUCCGUCUGUAUAUCAUUGCUAGAUCCCAAGAGGCUAACUUCAGGAACGUAUUACAUGUAUACCCGUCAAAUGACACAUGGAUCAGAAACUGCUGCCAGCCCUGAGACUGUCAGAGGCAUGCUAGAUGGACUAGGUGAUUUGCUCAAGCUUUUGGAUAUUUCAACAGAGGAUCACAUCUUGCUAACUACUUAUGGCAAAUUGCAACCCCCUCUAGGAAAGUGCCGUUUGAAGAUUAUAGAGUUCAUUUCAGUCUUGGUCUCUGUUAGCAAUGAAGUUGCAGAAACGGAAUUAAUCCGGCUGGGUGCUGUGAAGCGUAUUCUGGAAUUGUUUUUCGAGUAUCCAUUCAAUAAUUUCUUGCAUCAUCACGUGGAACUCAUUGUACUAUCUUGCCUCGAGAGUAAGAACCCUCAGUUUGUGGAUCAUCUGCUUCGUGAUUGUGAUCUCGUUGGGAGGAUUCUCGAAGCCGAAAAAAACUUCACUUUGACUGUUGAUACGAGCAAGCCUACUGUAUCUGCGGAGGGAAGAGAACCACCCAGGAUAGGGAAUAUUGGUCACCUAACCCGAAUUGCUAAUAAACUUGUCCAAUUGGGGAAUAGCAACAGUGACAUAAAGACAUUUCUGCAGGAGAAUAUUGAUUGGGUUGAUUGGCAAACAAAUGUCCUGGUUAAGCGCAACGCUGUGGAAAAUGUCCUCCAGUGGGCGUGCGGGCGGCCCACUGCACUUCAGGAUAGGAAUAGAGAUAGUGAUGAAGAUGAUUACCAAGAUAGAGAUUAUGAUGUUGCAGCUUUGGCGAAUAAUUUGAGCCAGGCCUUCCAAUAUGGAAUCUACAGUAAUGAUGGCAUUGAUGAGGCUCAGGGUUCUAUCGAGCGGGAUGAUGAGGAUGUUUACUUUGACGAUGAAUCUGCGGAAGUUGUUAUUUCUUCACUUAGGUUGGGCGAUAACCAGGAAAAUGGAUCUCUGUUUACAAACUCCAAUUGGUUUGCGUUUGAAGAUGGGAGAACUGCUGGUGAGCGUGACACUGCUCCUGUUGCUUCUUCAUCCCCCAACACUGAAGGUCAUGAUGAUGUUGGAGGAGCUGAUAAUGUCAUUGUCGAGGAAGAUGAGGACUUGGCAGAUACUGCUGUAUCUGAACCUUCUGAACAGAAAUCAAAUGCUGGUGAUGACAUGCCUACUGAAUUGUUGGAUGGUCCCGGAGAAAGUGAGACAAGUUCAUCUGACAAACCAACCGAGUGGGUUGAGUGGAGGGAGAGUUCCGAUUCCUUUGAAAACCCUCCGCUGUCAAAUACCGCAAACUCAUCAGAUGCAGACCAACUCCCAUCUUUACCCAAUGGCGAACUGCAGGUGGAAUUAGUGGAUCAACCCGACAAACCAGCUGCUUCCCCAGCCUCCACCGAUGAGCCUGCUGAUACUUGCAAGACUGAAAGUGGAGAAUCCCCUGAUGAUGCAAAAGACUCUGCUGCCAAUCCUUCGCGAUCCACACAAGCGACGGAGGUGAACCUUUCUGUUGAAGAGGACGCCAACUCUUCUGUACCCGCAGAACAAAAAAAGGAUGACUAAUACAUGGAACAAACUACAAUUCUUAUGAUAUUUCGUGUCAAGAUGAACCUGGCACUGGUAUUGAUGGAGAGCGGAUGACUCUAGGAUCGAUGCUGCUGCUCGUCACAGGUAGAACCACAGCCCCACACUUGUCUUUUACGGGGAUAAACUAAAGAAAAGCUGAACGUUUGUUGUCCGUCUGAUGUGCAAUAAAGUGCUUUAGCUCAGCCAAGGCCUAACAGCUACUGAAAAAACAUGUAGAGUUUGUCAUUAUUUCGACUGAUUCAAGGUUGAUGUAAUUGUAGGUUAAAUCUGACUUGCAGUGGAAAUGUGUUGGAUGUGUAUGUUGGCAAAGAUCUUGUUUAUAUUUUGUUCUUGUUGUUUAAGGUGGCAGCUUUUCUUAAGGCUGAAAUUAGGGCAUUGAAAUCUUGCUAUAAAUUCUGAAUAACCUUGUUUUCUUUGAUUUCGUUAUAUAGAUGAGACGUUAUUAA